CCUGUCUGCUCACAUAAUGCAAAUGAUAACUGAUUUAACAACAGAGUAUGUCUGGUAUUUCUGUCAGCGCUUACAGAAUGAAAGGCGCAGCUUCAGCACCUAUAAAACAACAGUAGAGAGGCUGUUUCAGAUGUUCCCACCAACUCCAGAUCUAACAGAACCCAGCCCUGACCGCUGCAGGACUUGUGCUGUGGUGGGAAAUUCUGUUAAUUUAAAGCGAUCACACUACGGACCUCUGAUAGAUUUCCAUGAUGUCGUCAUAAGAAUGAACUUUGGUCGUAUCAACGGCUAUGAGGAAGAUGUUGGGACCAGAACAACUCAUCGUGUCAUGUAUCCAGAGAGUGCCGUGGAUUUAGACAACACCACUCAUCUUGUGCUAUUUCCAUUCAAGAUACAGGAUCUUGAGUGGCUCAUCAUGGCCUUCACAACAGGAUUUACUGGAAAAUCAUAUGCAGCAGUAAAAUCCAAGGUUCAAGCUAACAAGGAUUUGGUAAUGGUGGUCAAUCCAGCCUUCAUGAGGUAUGUUCAUGACAUCUGGCUGGAUAAAAAGGGCGAGUAUCCAUCCACUGGCUUUAUGGCUUUGGUUCUUGCGCUGCACAUCUGUGAUCAGGUCCGUGUGUUUGGUUUUGGUGCAGACAGUGAUGGAAACUGGAGCCAUUACUGGGAGAAGCUUAAAAAUAAAAAGUUACGUACUGGACAGCAUCCUGGACAGCAUGAGUAUCACAUUAUCCAGCAGUUGGCUGAGGAACAAAAACUCCAAUUUUUUACAGGGCAGUGAUCUUUUAUCAUUUAAAGUUAAAGAUACAACUGACUCUUUUGAGACCAUUGAAAAGGAUUCACUGGAAUAAACGGUCAAAUGUUACUGUCAAUCAUAUCCAAAGAAAUGCACAUGUGCUAGGCUGCUGUGCAAUUUUUUUUCCGUGUGCUUUUAUUGUUUGUGUUCUUCUCUAUUCCAAAAAGUGAAAUUGUUUUCUUUUGAUUUUUUUCUUUAAUGUUUUUCUAUGGCACUUAUGCAGGUUGUUUUCUCCUAACUAGAUCCUUGCUUGUGUUGUAUCUGCUCUCAGAUGUACGUCACUUUGGAUGAAAGCGUCUACUAAAUGAAAUUGUAAAAUUCAUGUGUCAGUGAAAAUGUAUUUUUAAAAAAGGAGGAGGGGGUACUGGUGAAGACACAAGAAUUGUAUUUAACUUGUGAUCUGGUCUCUGAAUUUUUUUCUGUGUACACAUAUAUUGCAUGAUUUUUUUUAAAGUGAGCUUCAUCUUCU